AUGAACGCCCUCAAGAGAUGCGCAAACGCGGUCCACUGGUGGUUACACCAACCCCUGGGCGGCGUACGCGCCAAUCCCAUUCCACCAUUUACCGUGUCGCGAAGGUCACCUGAACAGCAAAGAUUAUGGGACAAAGCCGAAGAAGCGUACCGAGUACUGCAACAGAUGCAAGAGCAACAAGACCUACACGAAAAGGGCCCAGUAUCUAAAAGAGAUGCUGCUAUGCGCUCAUUAGUUGAGGAAAUGCGAUUGCGCAGGCAUCGUCAGGAUUCAAAGUGGUUUAGUUAG